ACAAGUGGCAGCGGUGAAGCACCUAGUGGAAGUUUUACGAAACUUCUUAGCUCGAGGCAAAUGUUAUGUUCAGUGGCUAAUUGUGAUUGAUGCAAGGCUGAGGUUUGCAAGUGAGCUGCGAAAAGGGAACAAGAGGACACUGAGGAAUACCUUUUACUUAUGAUCUGUUUUUUGUGUUACCUGUUUUCUCGCUAAAAAGGAGAUGGAUUUGCUGGGAUUGUUUUGGACGUGUCAUUGUUUUGUGGACUCUGUAACUGACAGAGCAUCAUGAAAAAGAAGAUCAACGAAUUUAUCGCUACCACCCCGAAAGAAAGUCGUUCAUGGAUUUAAGGAUCAACUUUUGGUCAUCAUGAGCACAGGUUUGAAGAAGCCACCGGUGGCACCCAAACCCAAACUUACUCCGACUCAGAAGCCAACUCCUCCCCCAGUCGCCCCCAAACCGGAUAUUGUCUUCUCUCACCCUUCUCCAGUAGCACCAAAAAAGGCCAAGCCAACUGUCGCCCCUAAACCUUGCAUUCCCAAAACAGCAACUGUCACUGAAUCCACACCUGUUACUUUUACCUGUGCUCCAGAGAGGAACAGCAGUUCAGAAAACCUGGGCCUGCUCAACUCUAAAAAUGGAGUGCAUGUGGAGCUCAACAAACCAGGCUCAGACUACAUUAUACCAACUUGCACCUGCAGCCAAGAUAGUUUUUCACACUGUCAACACGUGGGGAUCUGUAAAACUACUGAGAUCAUGUUUGAGCCACUGGAAAAACCCCUGGAAACAUGGCAGGCUGACAGAACGGAGACGUCUGGAUCGCGGAUCUCGCCGGUUUCUCCAAUUCACCCUGAACUGGAGAAUGGGCACGAUGAAAUGGGGAUUAACAAGAGUCAGGUUGUCAAUACCAGCUUUCUGGAGCAAAAACUGAAUGAGGUUUGGGUCCAGGCUCUUUCCACUAAUUGCUUCCAAAAUGACACACCUCUGGAAAAGCCCCUAGUUCAGAGCGAUGAGGCUGAGACACUGGAUCAGAACCUGAACCUAGUCGGAGACACGGACGGCUCUGUUAAGAGGCAGUCGCUCUCUGAAAGAUCGGGUGACGAUGCUAACGGUAAUCUCUCCAUUCCCAUUUUCAGCCAAUCGCAGCAGCAAAGCUCUGCACACACGGACAGCUCGGCCAGCUCCACAGAUAGUGACACCGCGGUCAGGGAUUCUGGGGAGUCUCAUCGCGGGUCCCCGGUCCCAGCGGCCCCAAGGAAGCCCCUCCCAAUCCCCACUCCGCGUAAAUCCAAGAAACUAGUCCUAGUUAGGCAGGAUGGUACAGAGAUGGUCACACCAGAGGAAAGCUCCAAAACAGUAGAGGAAUUGCUGAUUUCAAAUAGUUUUCUUCCGCCCUCUAAAGUUCACACACAGAGCGUAUUAGAUUUUAAAAACCCGUCCACCGAACAGGGAGUUUUCCCACCCUGCCAAGAAGGUGCUGAUAGCGUUGAGGACUCAAGUCCACCUGUUCCCCCUCCACGGCAGAUGUCCCUUCUGCUGGACCGUGACCAGAUGCCCAGCUUUUUUACAGAAGAGCCGCCGCUGAAGGUAGAAGAUGAGGAGGUCAGAUUGGGUGGCUGUGCCACCUCCGACAGUUUCGCGGUGGAGGAGGAUGGAGGAGGGUACUGUGACUUUGCCAGGUUCCCUGUCACCAGGGUUCCACCAAAACAUGUCAAGCGCAGCUGCAGCCGGCUCACGAUGGGGGACAGGGCGGCUUCAGCAGAGGAGAGGUCACCGAAGGUGGCCCCAAAGAAGCCUCAGAGGCACAGUUUGCCCGCGUCGGGGCUGCUUAGGAAGGAGCCGUCUGAGGAGGUUUCAGAGAGAGCGGGGGGUAGCGCGGGUGAGGGGGACCCUCAUUUGCCUCCGCAGGAUGAGCAUCCACCUGUAGACCAGCACGGCGAUGCUCUCGAUGAGAGCGAGGAGGUGGCGAGCGAGCCUCUGGUACCCUUGGUCGAAAAACCUUCACGGAGGUUUCCGCGGGCAAUUGGGCCUUUCUGUGGAAAAAAAGCGCCCAGGAGCGGCCGCACGAGCGACGCACAAAGCAAGCCACCCAGAUCAGGUCUUGAGCCAAAGAGGGCAAAAUCCUUCUCCUCGGCGGACCUAGAGCAUGCAAGCAGCCAUAAAAGAAGCUCUUUCCGGAAGCUUCUGGAGCUCAAGCUCUCCAUGAAAAUGUUACCUAAGCUGCUGGCCAAGGGCACCCAGUCUCUGGACUGCACCACCGUGGAAAUGGAAAAGUCUAUCGAUGACGAAUGGACCCAAGAAGACCCGGAGAGCAGCGCUAUCAGUAACCAACAGGCUCCCUUGCCGAAUGGCCAGGACACAUCGCCCAGCAGUACUUUGUCUGUCGAGCACAAACCAUUGUGUCCGCAGACCAGCUUGGAUCAGAGCGUAGAUGACGAAGAAUUCUGCAUUGGGGUGGAGACCGCGGUGGAAUACGAGAACCUUCCGUUCUACGAGGAAAUCCCUGAGUAUAUGAACCUGCCGUUCCUGAACGCCAGGGGGGCACUGGGCCACCGGCGGGCCUAUCUGAGCUGGCACAACUCGUCCAGCUUGGAAGACGGCGACGAGGACGUCUACGAGGAACAGGAGCCGUACGCGUCUCGUGAAAACCACGUCUCGAACGAGCGGCAUUGCCAGGCCCACAGGAGGGUCUGUCUGGAGCGGAGCGAUGGCUCGGAUGUUCGGCACUCCGGAGAAGAGGAAGUGGUGGACAGCUCUGACGAGGAUGACGAUGACAGCUUCGCCUCCAGCAAAGGGGAACUGGAGCUCUUAGCCGACAGACAGCAUGAAGUUGGCCUAAAGAAGACCAAGGUGGUCCACAUCGCUAAGGAGAUCGUGAGCUCCGAGAAAGUAUUUGUGGAUGUCUUGAAGCUUCUGCAUAUCGAUUUCCGAGAUGCGGUGGCCAAGGCCUCGCGGCUGAGCGGGAAGGCCGUGAUCGAGGAGCGGGUUCUGACCCAGAUCCUGUACUACCUGCCCCAGCUGUACGAGCUCAACCGAGACCUGCUGAGAGAGCUGGAGGAGAGGGUGGCCCGCUGGAGCGACCAUCAGCGCCUUGCGGACGUCUUUGUGAAGAAGGGCCCGUACCUGAAGAUGUACUCCACCUACAUCCGCGAGUUUGACAAGAACGUGGCCCUGCUGGACGAGCAGUGCCGGAAGAACUCGGGCUUCGCUGGAGUCGUCAGGGAGUUCGAGAUGAGUCCUCGCUGUGCAAAUCUGGCUCUGAAGCACUACCUUCUGAAGCCUGUCCAGAGGAUCCCCCAGUAUCAGCUGCUGCUCACAGACUAUUUGAAGAACCUGGCUGAAGACUCAUCUGACUUCAAAGACACACAAUCCGCCCUGGGCAUAGUGAAGGAAGUGGCCAACCAUGCCAAUGACAUCAUGAAGCAAGGGGAUAACUUCCAGAAGCUUAUGCAGGUUCAGUACAGCUUGACUGGCCACCACGAGAUCGUCCAGCCCGGGAGGGUGUUCCUGAAGGAGGGAACUCUGAUGAAGCUGUCCCGGAAGGUCAUGCAGCCGAGGAUGUUCUUCCUGUUCAACGACACCAUGCUGUACACCACCCCUGUGCCCUCUGGCCAGUAUAAGCUCAACUGCAUGCUGUCUCUGGCGGGGAUGAAGGUGAGCAAACCCACCCAGGAGGCUUAUCAGAACGAGCUGAACAUCGAGAGCGUUGAGCGAUCCUUCAUUCUGUCUGCCAGUUCAGCAACGGAGCGUGACGAGUGGCUGGAAGCCAUCUCCAAAGCCAUGGAGGACUACACCAGGAAGAAGAUCACCUUCUUCUGCAGCAAGAGCCAGGAGGAGGCUGGUGGGGGCGGGGGGGACAGCGGCGCCCCGCUGGGGGCCAAGGCGCCGAUCUGGAUCCCUGACCUGCGCGCCACCAUGUGCAUGAUCUGCACCUGCGAGUUCACCCUCACCUGGAGGCGACAUCACUGUCGGGCCUGCGGGAAGGUUGUGUGCCAGUCCUGCUCCUCCCACAAGCACUACCUGGAGUACCUGAAGAACCAGCUGGCCCGAGUGUGUGACCACUGCUUCCUCAAGCUGCAGCAGAAGAGUGACCGGCCUGCAUCCACCACCGUCUCCCCCAGCACAAGAACCUCUAGUGGGGCCUUCUCCUCCGUCCUCAUCCCCUCCAGAAAGCAGAAGAAGAUCCCUGCUGCGCUCAAAGAGGUGUCUGCAAAUACGGAGAACUCUUCAAUGAGCGGCUACCUUCAGAGGUCAAAGGGCAGCAAGAAGCAGUGGAAAAGGCUGUGGUUCGUCAUCAAAAACAAAGUCUUGUACACAUAUGCUGCCAGUGAGGACGUGGCAGCGCUGGAGAGCCAGCCCUUACUGGGGUUCUUCCUGAGAGAGGAGCGAUCGGGCGAAGCCCAGAAGCUGCAGUUCAAGCUCUACCACAAAAACACUCUGUUCUACAUCUUCAAGGCUGACGACUGCCUUACUGCACAGAGAUGGAUUGACGCGUUCCAGGAAGCCAUGAUCCUCUAACCAUUCCAUUGUUUUAAUAGCAAAUCCAAUCACCAGCAUUAACGACAGCUUUCAGCCAAUGGGGUGAACUUUCUAGUGCAGUGGGCGUGGUAAUCUUGUAGUGGGCGUCUCCAUGGUGCUACAGUGUGCCCCAGUUCAGCGUGGAGGACUGAUAAACAUUUGAGGAUGUUUUGUUUUGUCUCUAUGAGCUGUGAUCUACAAAAAAAUCUCUGCUGAAAGUCCAGGUUGUAUGGUGAACACUGGAGUCACUGGACAGCAUAAGAACCAGCGAAAAUCCAACAGUUUCCUUCCACGAAGAGGAGGCGAGUGUAGGCCAGUGCUGUAGUCCAUGCAUCACAUACAGUACAUUGUAAGGCAGCAGGUGGUCAGCUGGCAUUUUCUCACUGUGUAUCGAUUCAAUUCACAGUGGUAUCCAUGAGAGAAAAGAAACUUAUUUUUGCCCCAAAAGGGGCUUUUUUUUUGGAAUCAAGCCAAUGGCCACUUGUCACAGAUGUAGGUCAGAGGUCAAGUCGGGAGUGUGUUCGCGGAAGUGUCAUAGAAAUGUCCCAUGUUGGGUGCGUCAACGAUACAGGAAAUGGAUUACGGGAGAUUUGUUUGUGAUGGCCCUGUUUUUCUGCAUUGCACUGUGGGAGAUUUUUUUGUUUUCGCUGUGAAUUAAUGAACUGUGCAUUCUGCAAAGAGAAAGAAGCUGACCAUUCUGUUCCAACACUCCUCCAGCAAAAAACUUAGGAAAAAGUGAUUUUUAUUUUUAACAGGCUUUCAAGUAUGUCUACUUCUUUAUAAUAAUGCAGGACGUUAAAAAUGUAUAUGUGUAGUUCAAAAACUGGAAAUAGUUUGAAAUUACUAAGGUAAUAUAAAUACAUGUAAUAUAAAUAUAUAUAUAUAUAUUUAAGAAUAAUAGUGUUCAUAAUGUUUCUUAUGAGAUGAUGGUUGAAGCAUUAAUUACUGUAAUCGCAGUACCCACUGUAAACCAAUUUUCUCACCAAUCACUGUGGUGCUAAUUUUUCUGGGCUUGUUGGUUUACCUGCACUUGAGUUCUAACUCCUUCAGACACUUCACUGUGCAUAAUCACAUUCUGUUUUCCCAAAAUACAUUGCGAGGUGUUUGGAAACAAGUUUUUGUAUAAGAUGCUAGGCCAGUCCAUUAGUCUAAUGCUAGUUAUUUACCACUGGGGAUUGGACCUGCAACCAACCAGUGUCAGUGCAGUGUGGAAAACCCUACCAUGAGGCUCCUGAUCUGGUUUGCUUAAUUGUGAGACUGGUAACAGUGUGAAAUGUAUUAUUAUUUUUUUUAUUAUUAUUAGUUUCUCUGGUGUCUCACAUCAGUUGGAUAGUGCUAAACCUCCCUUACUGUUUAAAGAGCAAUACUCAAUUCAAGUGUAAUGCUUUAUUAGUUGAGUAGAGCCUAGCAAAAACACCAGGGUAAGGACGGAAAUGAGUGGGACACCCCCAUUCUCAUAUUUGACUGCUCAAUAUGUGCAAGUUAAUGAUUUAUUAUUGAAAUGUUUAAAAUGUGUGAUUAAACUGGACUACUCACUCUUAGAUAUAAAAUAUGCGUUUCGGCUUCAUACCGAAAAGCCUCUUAGCACAGCCUGGUGUUAUUAUCCACUGUUUAUUUAUAAAUGAAUUUUAUGAAGUUUACAUUUUGUAUUUUACAUCUACUGAUCUGGUCACUAUAGAUUGCACUACUAUGCUAUGAAAUGUUGAUUAAAGGAAAUGGGAGUUGCAGAGCGUUAAUAGAACGCCACCACUAUUUUCAGUUUCACCUUUUUCGUAACUGUAAAUGUGUUUCUACAGAACAAAGUGUAAAGUACUGACUGAAUAAAAUGGCCAUCGCCUUGCUGUACCACUGUAAAA